AUGCCGUCCUACAACAUAGUUGUCUUUGGGGGAGACCACUGUGGUCCUGAGGUGACCGCAGAGGCUGUCAAGAUCCUCCGUGUGAUCGAAAAGAGCCGUGAUGAUAUCACCUUCAACCUCCAAGAUCACCUGCUCGGUGGUUGCUCAAUCGACGCCACAGGCUCUCCUCUUACCGACGAAGCUCUUGAUGCUGCGAAGAACGCCGACGCCGUGUUCCUCGGUGCCAUUGGUGGCCCGAAAUGGGGAACUGGCACCGUGCGUCCCGAGCAGGGUAUUCUCAAGCUGCGCAAGGAGAUGGGCACGUUCGCCAACCUGCGACCAUGCAACUUCGCCGCCCCCUCUCUCGUAGAGAGCUCUCCUCUUCGCCCCGAAGUCUGCCGCGGCGUCGACUUCAACAUCAUCCGUGAAUUGACCGGUGGUAUCUAUUUCGGCGACCGCAAGGAGGACGAUGGAAGCGGCUUCGCCCUGGACACGGAACCCUACUCGCGCGCUGAGAUUGAACGGAUUACGCGUCUUGGUGCCCACCUCGCCCUGCAGCACAACCCCCCUCUUCCCGUAUGGAGCUUGGACAAGGCCAACGUCCUCGCUACUAGCCGUCUGUGGCGCAAGACCGUCACCGAGGUCAUGGCCAAGGAGUUCCCCCAGCUCAAGAUCGAGCACCAGCUUAUUGACUCCGCUGCUAUGAUCAUGGUCAAGGACCCCCGCAAGCUGAACGGUAUCGUCAUCACCAGCAACCUAUUCGGUGACAUUAUCUCGGACGAGGCUAGCGUUAUCCCGGGCUCCCUGGGUCUGCUGCCCAGUGCUAGUUUGAGCAGCAUCCCUGAUGGAACUGGCAAGGUUAACGGUAUCUACGAGCCUAUCCACGGUUCCGCCCCAGACAUUUCUGGAAAGGGCAUUGUCAACCCCGUCGCUGCCAUCCUCUCCGUAGGCUUGAUGAUGCAGUACUCUUUCGCUCUCUUCGAUGAGGCUCGUGCCGUUGCAACGGCCGUGAGCAACGUCAUCGAGUCCGGUGUCCGCACCGGCGACAUUGGCGGCAAGGCUUCCACCAAGGAGGUCGGUGACGCCGUUGCCGCUGAACUGGAGAAGCUCCUCAAGAAAUAA